AUGAUUCUUACUUCCGGCUACUGGAACUUGGAAACUCCCUUGGAAGUUGGUGUAGGAGAAAAUGUAAGGAGAAACUCGACGUUGAUUUGUACGUCGAUUUUGGCUAAAACAGUUGAUGAAAUGCUGGUUCAAGUAAGGGAAGCCAAGAAGCAAGGAGUCGACUUGGUUGAACUUCGGUUAGAUUGUUUGAACAACUUCAAUCUACAUCAUGAUCUUGAAGCUUUACUAAAACAUACUUGUUUACCCACUAUAGUUACUUUCAGGGGUAAGGGUAGGGAAAGCGCCGGCGAGGAGAAUUGUGGAUCUGAAAGCAAUGGGGAAGUAGACCAACAUGGGAAUUGGGAAGGAGGUCAGUACGAUGGUGAUGAAGGUAUGCGCCAAAGUGCAUUGCAUAUAGCAAUGGAACUAGGAGCUGAUUACAUCGAUGUUGAGUAUAAGGUUGCAGAUGAGUUUUUCAAGUCCAUUGACGAUGAUGAAAAGGAGCUUACUAAGACCACCGUCAUAGUUUCUUCUCAUAACUUCGUAAACACCCCGUCACUUGACGAAUUAGGAGGACUUUUGGCAAGUAUACAAGCUGUUGGAGCUGAUAUAGUAAACAUUGCAACUACUGCUGUAGAUAUUACAGACAAUGCACGUAUUAUGCAAUUGCUUACUUAUUCUCAGGUUCCAAUGAUCGGAGUUGUUAUGGGUGAGAAAGGACUAAUGUCAAGGAUACUUAGCGCGAAAUUUGGAGGAUUCCUUACAUAUGCAACCCUUGAGUGUAGAGAAUCAGUUCCAGGCCUAGGACAAUCCACUAUAAAAGAUCUCUUGGACUUGUACACUUUCAGGCAAAUAGGGGCUGAUACCAAAGUUCUUGGCGUGUUAGGAAAUCCUAUAUCUCACAGCAAGAGUCCUCAUCUAUACAACGCGGCAUUCAAGUCUGUUGGUUUCAAUGGCGUUUAUUUGCCUUUGUUGGUGGAUAGUGUUUCUGACUUUCUAGAGACAUAUUCAUCUCCUGACUUCGUUGGAUACAAGUACAUAUAUUGGACUAUUAAGGGUCUUUUCGACGGUAGUUUUUGAGGUAGCUGUUAGCUUUUAGACUAUUGA